UUUUACAAGACUUAAAAAUUUGUUACCGAAUCCGAGGGUUUGUAAACAUGGCUCAGGGUAAAGGAAUUCCGCGGGUUCUGGCCAAAUUGAAGGCAUCGGUAGAGGAAGGCAGAUAUUAUGAGGCCCACCAGAUGUACAGGACUUUAUACUUCAGGUAUUGCAGUCAACAGAAAUAUGCUGAAGUGUUAGAUCUCUUGUAUGACGGUGCUUCUCUCCUUCUACGGCACGAACAGCAAACCAGUGGAGCAGACUUGGCCUUGCUAAUGUUAGAGGUGCUGGAGAAGUCAAAAACAGACCCUACAGAGGACAACAUUACUCGGAUAGCCAGCUUGUUCAGCCUUCUAAACCAUGGCACUCCUGAGCGACACCAGUAUUUGGUUCGUGCUGUCAAGUGGUCCUGUGGUGACAUCCACAAGCUGGGCCACCCGAGGCUCCACCAACUCCUGGCACAGACGCUCUGGAAGGAGAAGAACUAUGGGUCAGCACGUUACCACUACUUGAGGUCAGAGGAUGGUGGGGGCUGUGCUGACAUGCUGGUGGAGCUGCAUCUGCUGAGGGGUUACCCUUCCGAGAUUGAUCUCUUCCUCACCCAGGCAGUGCUCCAGUACUUGUGUCUACAGAAGAAGGUGGCAGCCUCAGAGGUGUUUGAGACUUACACCAAGACUCAUCCAACCAUCACCAAGCAGAGAGGACCUCCCUUCAUCCUCCCACUCCUUAACUUCCUCUGGCUCCUCCUGUCAACUAUUGAAAGCGGUAAGGUGACUUACUUCACGGUCCUGUGUGAGCAAUACCAGCCCAGCCUAAACAGAGACCCAUCAUAUCGAGAAUACCUGGAUCGCAUUGGCCAGCUGUUCUUCAACCUUCCAGCUCCAAAACCUCAAGCUGGGCCAGGGGGAAUAUUUGGUAAUCUGAUCCAGGGGCUGCUGGGGGGCGGCUUGGGGGACGACGACUCAGAUGACGAGGGGCACAUGGGGGGCGCCUCGUCCUCGGGCCACCAGGCGCCGCUGACGGCCGAGGAGCUGGACUAAUACUGCUCUGCCAUAGGAUUGUUAAGUGCUUUACUUUCCCACUGGCCUAUGCGCUGCUGGCCACCCUGUACAGACUUGCCAUCUUUUCUGAUAGUCAGGAGGUGUUGAUUAUGCAAUGUAUGUUAAGACCUGUUCAGGCCUUUUGUAUGUGCAUUGCACUGGUUUUGUUUACUGUAAUUAAUACCGAUUGUUUUCCUUGUGAACCUAAACACGCGUAAGUUGUCUCCAAAGUUCUUGUCGUAAGUGUUGCGAGGAAGGUUAUUUAAGGUGAAGGUAAGGAGUAUUUAUGCACAGAGGUUAUCUGUGGCCAGUCACUCAUGAUAGCUCCAGUAUGCAGAGUGCACCUUAUAUCAUACUAGUAGGUUUUUGAAGUUUGUAAAUAGCAAUGAGAGGAUAUUUAGACACCAUAGAUUUUGCUACCGAGAUCACCACUGUAUAGGAAUAGGUAGUUCAAUUGACAGCCAAAUAUUUAUCAUAAGUUUUGUACAACAUGCCAUCCAGACAGACGACAACAAACGAGAGAAAAAUAACUCACAGAAACAAAUGUAUAUUGUAAAAAAUCUGCAGUCACUGUUAUGGUAGUCACCCAUUCAUAUAGGAUACUAAGUAAGGCAAAAACCUGAUGUGUGUCUUUUGAGUGAAGGAGCGUCUCUUUGGCACGUCUGAGUGUGCAACCCUGCCAGCAGCGAGUCAGUCUUGGAGUUCUGCAGUCAGGUUUGGGAGAGACAGAAACAAAGCGAGGACAAGCAAACUGUAUAUCUGUCUAGAGCAUUGACAAAACGACUCAUUUGUAAAUAAGAAGAGAGCAGACCAGAAUACUUAGCUUUUUUUUUCUUCUUUUCCUAAGAUGCUUUAGUUCAGAUUUCCCCGUGCUAAAAGGCGAGUGAGACAGUGCACUAGUCUGUAGUCUCAAACAUACAGGCACCUUUUAAUACCUACUUCUCAGCAGGCUGUGGUGAAAGUUACUGUGGUUUUCAAGGGUGUUUAAAUGAUUCUAGUGGUAGUUUAACAGUUUGCAUCAUCAGUGAAAAAAAACCAUGAUGAGAACCUGGCUAAUCAUCAUAGUGGCCUUUGAAAGUAGUCCUGGUGAAAGGUGUGUGUUUAAAAUACAGGCCAUUGUGUUAAUAGCAGACCAGCUUUACAUGUGUUGUCCAUGCCUGCACUCUGAGUGGAGGCUGGCAAGUUCAAGUGUAAUGCUGUUGUGAACACUGUUUUGGUGACUGGUACGCGAUGACAUGAGGUAGAAAUGUCUGUAGAGCUGAGGUGUUACAGAUAUUUUGUGAUAAAUGUCUCUUAUAGGUAAUGUGAGCAUAUCUAAAUAAUUUGUGAUUUGGUUGCAAAUAAUAUAUAUAAUAAUAAUAAUAAUAACACUGAUAAUAUAUACAAAUAUAUAA